AAGGUUCUCUUCACUCGACCGAAGAUUAUGUAAAUGCGUUGAAAUCUUUAAUCAAUAUUUCCGAGGUAGAAACUUAUUUGAAAACACAAGUUUUAAUAGCACCUAUGGAUUAUCCUGGACAACUACAUAUAUGGCGUGCCAUCACUCAUCUCCUUAAAUCUCAAGAUUCUUCUGGAAUUCCGGAGCAGGUUUUACAUAUCAUUCUAAUGAUUGGACCUUUGUAUAUAUCCUUAAAUAGUCGUGAGACAGUGUUUCUUUUAAAUUAUGAUUUUUUUGAUUUACUUUUUUAUGCAGUCUUUGGUCGUAAUAAGAUUUUGGCAAAAAAGCCAAAACCUUAUAAGAUUAAUUUAAUUUUAGAAAUAGCAUAUCAGGGAUGGUCUCGGGUCUGUUCUAUAGUGAUGCAGAAAUUCGAACAUUCUAAAGAUCCCGAAGUUCGAUACCUUAUUAAUUUAUUGGAUAAUGUUGUCUCAUUGGUUUUAGAAUUUUACUCAUUAUCUUUUGCAGCAGAAAUUGGGAAGCAUAUAUUGAAGCAAUGUUUCGCGUUUGGUCCGUUUUUCAUCAAUAUCAACGAAGACAUUAUAAUAAAUUACCAGUAA